CUCUCGCGAGAUCCGGGCCGCCGAGCGCUCGGGGCCUUUUCAAAUCGCGGUCCGUUACCGCUCCGCCGGCCGCCGCCAUUGUAGCGCUCGGAGCCCUCAGCGCGGCCGAGGCGGAGCCCGCGGCGGGAUGGCCGAUGCCGACAAGUCCGAGGCGGCCGCGGGCGACGACUGUCCGCAGCAGCAGCCGGCCGAGCCGCGGCGAGACCCGCACCCCGCCGAGCCCGAGAAGCCGCCGCGCAGCAGCGCCAACGGCGUUAAAAUGGAGAAUGAUGAAUCAGUGAAAGAAGAAAAAUCUGAUUUAAAAGAAAAGUCUACAGGAAAUAAGAAGGCCAAUCGAUUUCAUCCUUAUUCAAAAGAUAAGAAUUCGGGCACUGGAGAAAAGAAAGGUCCAAAUCGGAACCGAGUAUUCAUUAGCAACAUCCCCUAUGACAUGAAAUGGCAGGCUAUUAAAGACUUGAUGAGAGAAAAAGUUGGUGAGGUUACAUACGUGGAGCUCUUUAAGGAUGCGGAAGGAAAAUCAAGGGGUUGUGGUGUGGUUGAAUUUAAAGAUGAAGAAUUUGUAAAGAAAGCACUAGAAACUAUGAAUAAAUAUGACCUCAGUGGAAGACCUCUGAAUAUUAAAGAGGAUCCUGAUGGAGAAAAUGCUCGCCGGGCACUGCAACGAACAGGAACAUCAUUUCAAGGAUCGCAUACCUCUGAUGUGGGAUCUGGGUUGGUGAAUUUGCCACCUUCCAUUCUCAAUAACCCAAACAUUCCUCCUGAGGUUAUCAGCAAUUUGCAGGCUGGUCGACUUGGUUCCACAAUUUUUGUUGCUAAUCUUGACUUCAAAGUUGGUUGGAAGAAGCUAAAGGAAGUGUUCAGCAUAGCUGGAACUGUAAAGCGAGCAGAUAUUAAAGAAGACAAGGAUGGCAAGAGCAGAGGCAUGGGCACUGUCACUUUUGAGCAAGCAAUUGAAGCAGUUCAAGCAAUUUCCAUGUUCAAUGGGCAGUUUUUAUUUGAUAGACCUAUGCAUGUGAAAAUGGAUGACAAAUCUGUUCCUCAUGAAGACUACCGUUCACAUGAUAGUAAGACAUCACAAUUACCACGUGGUCUUGGAGGCAUUGGAAUGGGACUUGGACCAGGUGGACAACCUAUUAGUGCCAGCCAGUUGAACAUAAGUGGUGUAAUGGGAAAUUUGGGUCCAAGUGGUAUGGGAAUGGAUGGUCCGGGUUUUGGAGGAAUGAAUAGAAUUGGAGGAGGAGUUGGGUUUGGUGGUCUGGAAGCAAUGAAUAGCAUGGCAGGAUUUGGUGGAGUUGGCCGAAUGGGAGAGCUAUAUCGUGGUGCAAUGACUAGUAGCAUGGAGCGAGAUUUCGGCCGUGGUGAUAUUGGAAUAAACCGAGGCUUUGGCGAUUCCUUUGGUAGACUUGGCAGUGCAAUGAUUGGAGGGUUUGCAGGAAGAAUAGGAGCUUCUAACAUGGGUCCAGUAGGAACUGGAAUAAGUGGCAGCAUGGGUGGCAUGAGCAGUGUGACUGGAGGCAUGGGGAUGGGACUGGACCGCAUGAGCUCCAGCUUUGACAGGAUGGGGCCAGGGAUUGGAGCAAUACUGGAAAGGAGCAUCGAUGUAGACCGAGGUUUUUUAUCAGGUCCCAUGGGAAGCGGAAUGAGAGACAGAUUAGGCUCCAAAGGCAACCAGAUAUUUGUUAGAAAUUUACCUUUUGACUUGACUUGGCAGAAACUAAAAGAGAAAUUCAGCCAAUGUGGUCAUGUAAUGUUUGCAGAAAUAAAGAUGGAGAAUGGCAAGUCCAAAGGCUGUGGGACAGUUAGGUUUGAAUCCCCCGAGUCAGCUGAAAAGGCCUGCAGAAUAAUGAACGGCAUCAAAAUCAGUGGCAGGGAAAUCGAUGUUCGCUUGGAUCGUAAUGCAUAAUUUCAAGCAUGGUUGGAACAUUCCUUCAUCUGUUUAUUGAAUCUCCUAGUAAAAGUCAUUUUUUAGUAAUGUUGUAUGCUUACAAAUGCUGUAAAAAUGAACUUCUAAAACUCCCACCAGCUUUUAACAGUAUAAUGUUGAAAAAAUAUACUGUGAUUUUCGUUAUCUCAA